AUGAUCAAACACAUUUAUUAACAACAAUCCUCUGGUAAUAACUCAAUCUCUCUCUCUCUCUUCUCUCUCUUUCUUUUUCUCCUCCUCCUUGGAGAGAGCACCAUAUGCUGAUUCCUCUCCUUCUCUUCCUCGAAUCGUGAACCCAUCCUCCAAAAUUUCAGAUUUUGAUCUCUGGGUACUCUAGAUAUCCUUCGAUCAUGGCGGUUGUUGAGAGUGCUGGAGUUGCUGCUGCAGAUUCAGGAGCCGUCGUGGUCCAGCCGCCGCCCACAAGUCAAGAUUCCGGCGAUCAGAGCCAUCAGUCACCAAGGAUCGAGCUUGGCGAUCAGGAAGGUCUGUACAGUAGCAAGAUCGGAUCCCACGAGGCGAGAUCGGAGGGAUCAGACGGUGGGGAGAGCUACAAACGUGAGAUGAGGGAGCUCCAGGAGCUUUUCUCUAAGCUCAAUCCCAUGGCUGCUGAGUUCGUCCCUCCCUCCCUCACUAAACAACAAGCCGGUGGUGGUUUCUUCCCCUCCUCUCCUGCCUCCUUUUUCCCUAACAAUGGCUUUCCUCCUCCCGGAAAUGUCCCCCUCGAAGUCAACGGCGGGUUCCGACGGAAGAAGAGCUUUGGUCAAGGGAAACGGAGGAUGAAUGCUCGAACAAGCAUGGCUCAGCGAGAAGAUGUCAUCCGAAGAACCGUCUAUGUCUCUGAUCUCGAUCAACAGGUCACUGAAGAGCAGCUUGCUGGUUUGUUUGUUAGCUGUGGACAGGUUGUUGAUUGCCGCAUAUGUGGUGACCCAAACUCUGUACUUCGCUUUGCUUUCAUUGAAUUCACUGAUGAAGAGGGUGCGAUGACUGCUCUGAAUCUAUCGGGGACUAUGUUGGGAUUCUAUCCUGUGAAAGUCCUGCCAUCUAAAACAGCUAUUGCACCUGUUAACCCUACUUUCUUGCCCAGGACUGAAGAUGAACGAGAGAUGUGUGCAAGAACUAUCUAUUGCACUAACAUUGACAAGAAGGUGACUCAAUCAGACGUGAAGAUCUUUUUUGAAUCAUUCUGUGGAGAGGUUUUCCGUCUGAGGCUACUUGGAGAUUAUCAACACUCAACUCGUAUUGCUUUUGUAGAGUUCGUGAUGGCAGAAAGCGCGAUAGCAGCUCUCAACUGCAGUGGAGUUGUUCUAGGUUCUUUACCGAUAAGGGUCAGUCCUUCGAAGACACCUGUUCGUCCCAGAUCACCGAGGCAUCCAAUGCAUUGAUCUUAGCUUUACACGUUUCCACAUAUGUCUCUCUCUAUAUAUAUAUAUGUGUGCGUGUGUCUCGCUCUCUCCUGCGAAACAGCAUACACAGACAUGUAAAGAUGUUUGUUUGCAUCUCUUGUUUUGAGAGUGUAACUCUGGGAUCUGAUGAUGCUUCUUACCUUUACCUUUUGUCUUGCCUUUGAGAGUUUUCGAUGUCACUCUUUUAAUGUGAAAGAGCCUUGAACCAUAUCAAAGAGCACUCUUUCCUCACAAGUUAGUUUGUGGAAAUUUUAUUUUUCUUACCGUUUAA